GCCCCGAGAGGGCUCCAAGGCGGCCCAGGAGCAGCCCGGUCGCAUCCAGAGCGCUCCAAAGAUGAGGGUGCGGCGCGUUGCUUGCGCCACUAAAGGUCCCCCAAGGAGCCCCCGAGAGGGUCCCACGGCGAGCGACACUGGUGGGGGCGCGAGAGGCAGAUAACUUUCUUUGAUGGUUGGCUGCGGCAGCAUCCAGGAUGCGCCUGCCGUCCGAGGUGCACCGUACACAGUGCAUCUCGCACAAGGCACCGUAGAGGUCGUCCGGGAGGGGGCAGUGCAGGUAGGCCCUCCUGCCCGUGAGCGGCAUGUCCAGCUCGAGCAGGUGCGCGUGCAGGAAGAUGCGCGGGCAGAAGUGGUCUAUGCGGCAGCUGCAGCCCUCCAGGUACUUCCUGUCGCCGGCGAGGCCACGGAUGGGGAGGUCCAGGUCCGCCGCCAGCUGCUUCACGUGCACGCGGAUCUGGUGCGUGCGGCCCGUGAGGAUGCGGACGCGGAGCAGGGUGAAGUCGAGACCACUGCUCUGGUAGUGCGCGACCUCCUUGUAGUGGGUCUCCGCAUCCGUCCCGCGCGCCUCGUCGAUGACGACGCCGUGGAUGCCGCCGUUCACUGACAGGAUCUUGUACCGCAGGACGCCCUCCCUGCUGUGCGCCGGCAGGCGCCCGUGCAUCAGGACGAUGAUGUACUCCUUGUACCACUUUUUGGCUCUGAUCUGCCUGACGAGCGCAUAGUGAGAGUCCCCGCCGGUGGCUAUGACGACUGGGCCGCUGGUGUCCACGUCCAGGCGGUGCACGACGCCGUGCCUGCCCUCGCCCCCCUUGAGCAGGAAGGGAUACUUGGAGCCGAGCGUCUUGACCAGAAAGUACUGCAUCUCCCACCAACUCCUGAUUGACAUUGUUUCUGUUGGAGGUCGUCAUGGUGUACCCAGGCGGCUUGUAGCAGAUGAGCACGUCCUCCCCCUUCUCGUAGGCGUGGGGCUGGUCCUCUGGCUGCACGAGCGCAUACUUCCUGGGAAUGUUCUUGAGGGUUUUCAGCUUGAUCUCACGCGCAGGCGGGACCUGCCUCUUGCGACACGCGUGGCUGACUAGCAUGGCACGCUUGCGGCUGGCGUGGCUGACUGGCACGUUGCUUUUGCGCUCAGCAUGGCUGACCGGCAUACUGCGCUUGCGGCUUGCGUGGCUGACAGGCAUGCUGCGCUUGCUGCCUGCGUGGCCGACCGGCAUGCUGCGAUGUCGAUCGGCAUGGCUGACCAGCUUGCUGCGUUUGCGGUCGGCAUGGCUGAGAGGCGGGCAGCGCUGAGGACGAUCCAUCGAGGUACUCUGCCUUCCCCACAACUCCCGCGAAUGUCGGCGAUGCGGACGCGGCGUGCGAUCUGGACCACUGUCAUCAAUGUACGUGCCUUGCAGACUGCCGCGUCUGCUGGCCCUGGCUCUGGAACGUUCCGAGAGAGUGCUCCUUGCCGCUGCCAGGGCAGACUCCUCGUCGACGUCAGGCUCCUCCUCGAAAUCGCUCUCGCCGUCGCCAGACGCGCGCCUGCCCCUGUCGAACUCGCCGUCGCUCGUCGCGCCCCCGUUGGACUCCGGCUCGCAGCCGGACUCCUCCCCCGGAGACUCCUCCUCGAAGUCGGAGCCCUCCUCGAUGCCCGACUCGUCCCCGUCCCUGGCGGGCGGGGGCAGCUCGGGUUUGCCGAGGCUGUCGUACAGCUGCAUGAUCUUCUCGGCCAGCGCGUCCUCGUCCAGCUCGUCCUCGUCCAGCUCGCCCUCCGACUCCAUGGGCGCGCCGGCGCUCCUCGGAGGGCUUCUUGACCGAGACGGGCUCGACGGGUCCAGCGCCGUGGGGCCGCCGCCCAGGUCCACGCGGAACGCCCGCCGCCACCCUCGCACCGCGGCGGCUCCGCGCUGGCACUCGGGCGCCCCGCCGCUGCCCUGGCCGCAGCGCGCCGGUGCGGGCGCACCCUGCUCGGGGCGAGGUGCGGGGCCGCCACGCCAUCGCCGCCAUGGCGCAGCGCCCGCGCGCAGCGGGGGAGGGGGCCUGCGGGGGCAGGAGGGAAGGAGCACAGGGGCAGGGCGAGGAGGAGGACAGGAGGCGGUUGAGGGCGCCCCUUGGCGAGCGUGCGGCCACUGCCCGCUCGUUCACGGCGCCCCCCGCGGCCGCCAGCCCAGGCGCGCGAGGCGGGCCGCGGCGAGCCUCGGCCGAGGGGCGCCGCCUCGAGCCUCCGAGGGCUGCGGAGGGGGGCAUCCAUCCUCACCAUCACCAGCCGCAUCACAG